AUGGACCCCGCAGAGAUUGAGAGGGUGAAACUCGCUCUCACCUCUCAAGGAGCACGGGUGGGCCAACACGAGGAUGCUCUGAGGGAUAUUACAGACAAGCUGCUCCGCCUGGCCUCCAGCAUGACCCAACUCGACGCCCGCCUGGACCAGGUCUCCACGCAGCUUACCUCUCUGGCGGCUCCUGUUCCCUCUCCGGCUCCACCAGUCCAUCCUCCAGCCCCUACUACUUCUCCUACCCUGCCCAGCCUUCCUCGUGAGCCCUUUAUCCCCACUCCGGUCAGGUAUUCAGGAGAAGUAGGGUCUUGUAGUCAGUUUCUCCACCAGUGUUCUUUAGUUUUUGACCAGCAGCCCUUAUCCUACUCUACCGACAGGUCCAAGAUCGCUUUUGUUAGCAGCUUACUUUCAGGGAAGGCGUCAGCAUGGGCCGUAGCCACAGCUAAUGCUAACUCACCUGCUUGGCAAACCUACCAUUCCUUUUGCUGUGAGUUCCGUAGAGUUUUCGACCACCCACUCCGGGGCAAGGUAGCUGGUAACCGGCUACUCUCCCUACGUCAGGGAUCCCUCACUGUAGCUGCUUAUUCAGUAGAUUUCCGCAUUCUCGCUGCCGAGUGUGGGUGGGAUGAAGGGGCUUUACAAGGGUUAUUUCUGCGAGGGCUCAGUGAGGAACUAAAAGAUGAACUUGCUUCUCGGGAUGAGACCUCUUCUCUGGAGGAGCUAAUCUCCUUGGCUAUCCGUUUGGACAAUCGCCUUAGCGAGAGACGCAGGGAAAGGGCAGUCAGAAUUAGGGCCCCUUCCCUUCGAUCAAAGUCCCCUCGACCCUCUGGUCCCAUGGUACCUUGCCCUCCUCCGGAGCCACCUUCUGCCUGUACAUCUCCCCCAGCUGCCUCUUCCUCCCCCUGCAGAGAGGAGCCAAUGCAGUUGGGGAGGAUGAGACUCACCCCCACUGAACGUCAACGCCGCUUCCUCCAGAGACUGUGCCUCUACUGUGGUGGGACUGUUUCCUGGUCUAAAGAGGGCAUUCCUCUCCCUGUCCUGGUGGACUCUGGUUCGGACGACAAUUUCAUAGACUCUGGUAUUGUUUCCCGUUUUGACAUCCCCUCGGAACCCCUCCCUGAACCCAAGGACGUUUUUGCCCUCGAUGGUCGCCUUCUGGCCCAUGUCACUCUCCGAACUAUUCCUGUGUCCCUGCUCCUCUCUGGCAAUCAUCGAGAAGAUAUUUCCUUUUUCAUAAUCCCCUCACCAUCUUCUUCUUUGGUUUUAGGCCUUCCCUGGCUCAAGCUCCACAACCCACACAUAGACUGGUCCACUCUAUCCAUUACUAAUUGGAGUUUAUUUUGUCACUCCCACUGUCUCCACUCGGCCAUUCCCACCACCAUCUCAGCUCCUGGAACCCCUAAACCCAUAGAUCUUUCCUCAGUUCCCCAGCAGUAUCAUGACCUCCAGGAGGUGUUCAGCAGGGACCGGGCUCAAUCUCUGCCUCCUCAUAGACCUUAUGACUGCAGUAUUGAUCUGCUCCCUGGAGCCCCCUAUCCAUCCAGCAAGCUCUAUAACCUCUCCAAGCCUGAAAGGGAGGCUAUGGAGACCUACAUCUCUGACUCUCUGGCGGCAGGUCUCAUCCGUCCUUCCUCUUCGCCCUUGGGAGCAGGAUUUUUUUUUGUUGAAAAGAAGGACAAGACUCUUCGGCCCUGUGUAGACUACAGGGGACUUAAUGAGAUCACUGUAAAGAAUAAGUACCCUCUUCCCCUGAUCGAUUCUGCCUUCGCUUCCCUCCACCAGGCCACCAUCUUCACCAAGUUGGAUCUACGUAAUGCUUACCACUUGGUGCGGAUCAAGGAGGGGGAUGAAUGGAAGACCGGAUUCAACACUCCUCUCGGUCAUUUUGAGUACCUUGUCAUGCCUUUUGGGUUAACCAACGCACCUGCUGUCUUCCAAUGUCUCAUCAACGAUGUCCUCCGUGAUAUGCUCAACCGGUUUGUUUUUGUCUACCUGGAUGACAUUUUGAUUUUCUCCCGCACCCCUGAUGAACAUGUACAACACGUCCGGCUAGUUUUGCGAAGACUUUUGGAGAACCGUCUUUUUGUUAAAGCCGAGAAGUGUGAGUUUCAUGUCCCCUCAGUCAGUUUCCUGGGCUUUGUGGUGGAAAAAGGGCAGGUCAGGUCUGACCCUGCCAAGAUUAAGGCAGUGGUUGAAUGGCCCACUCCCACCGACAGGAAGCAACUACAGCGGUAUCUUGGGUUCGCUAAUUUCUACCGCAGAUUCAUUCGCGAUUACAGUAGAGUGGCUGCACCUCUUACUAAGUUAACCUCUGUCAAAUCACCUUUUGUUUGGUCCCCUGCGGCUGAGGCCGCUUUUGCUAAGUUAAAGAGUUUAUUUUCCUCUGCUCCCGUGUUGUGUCACCCUGAUCCCUCUGUCCAGUUUGUUGUAGAGGUUGAUGCCUCGGACUCUGGUGUGGGAGCGGUCCUGUCUCAACGGUCCACCUCUGACCAGAAACUCCACCCCUGUGCGUUCUUCUCCCGCCGUCUCACACCUGCGGAGAGGAACUAUGAUGUGGGGAAUCGGGAGCUGCUGGCAGUGGUGCUGGCCCUCCAGGAGUGGAGGCACUGGCUGGAGGGUUCUACACACCCUUUUAUUGUUUGGACUGACCAUAAGAACCUGUCUUACCUCCGUUCUGCCCGCAGACUCAACUCCCGUCAGGCUCGGUGGGCUUUGUUCCUGGGCCGAUUUAACUUCACCCUCACCUACCGGCCAGGCUCCAGGAACGCCAAGCCUGAUGCCCUCUCUCGCCAGUUCUCUUCCCCCGUUGAAGGUCCUGCGGUGGACACCAUUCUGCCUUCCUCCUGUGUGGUGGGAGCUGCCAGGUGGGAGAUUGAGCAGCUGGUCCAGGAGGCCCUGUCUGAUCAUCCUACCCCGGAGGGUGGUCCUCCCAACCGCCUGUUUGUCCCAGAGCCUGUCCGUUCCCCUGUGCUCCAGUGGGGGCACUCCUCCAAGGUGGCAUGCCAUCCUGGGUUUCAUCGGACCCUGGCUUUGCUUCGUCAGCGUUUCUGGUGGCCCUCCAUGUCCGCUGACACUAAGGAGUUCGUCUCUGCCUGCUCAGUCUGUGCCCGGAACAAGUCUUCUCAUCGUGCUCCUGCUGGUCUCCUACGCCCUCUUCCUAUACCCCAUCGUCCCUGGUCUCACAUUGCCGUGGACUUCGUCACUGGACUGCCGCCAUCUGAUGGUAACAACACCAUUCUAACUGUUAUUGACCGAUUCUCCAAGUCUGUCCAUUUUAUCCCGCUCUCUAAACUUCCCUCUGCCCUAGAGACUGCUAAUCUACUCAUUCAGCAUGUGUUCAGGCUUCAUGGAAUCCCCCAGGACAUCGUCUCCGACAGAGGACCUCAGUUUUCCUCCAGAGUUUGGCAGGCUUUUUGCCGAGCUGUGGGGGCUACAGCCAGUCUAUCCUCUGGUUACCAUCCCCAGACUAAUGGCCAGACUGAGCGGGCCAACCAGGAUCUGGAGGCAGCCCUUCGCUGUGUUGCCUCUAAUCACCCAGUCUCCUGGUCUUCCCACCUUCCCUGGAUCGAAUACGCUCACAACUCCCUGGUCAGCUCAGCCACAGGUAUGUCUCCUUUUAUGGCUGCUAAUGGCUUUCAGCCUCCUCUCUUCCCUGCUCAGGAGACCGAAGUGGCAGUUCCCUCGGUGCAGACGCACCUCCAGCGUGCCCGCCAAGUCUGGCGUGAAGCCCAAGCAGCUCUAGCCCGUACUGCGGCUCGGAACCAGAGGUUGGCUGAUCGUCACCGCACUCCUGCUCCCCUGUAUCAACCCGGCCAGAAGGUCUGGCUUUCCACCCGUGAUCUUCCUCUCAGGUCUGACUCCCGCAAACUCUCCCCCAGAUACAUCGGCCCAUACACUAUCGACCGCAUCAUCAGUGUGGUGAGACUCCAGUUGCCCCCCUCCCUCAAUAUCCACCCGUCUUUUCAUGUCUCCCUGCUCAAGCCUGUCUCCACCAGUCCUCUGUGCCCUCCGGCCGAACCCCCUCCACCCCCCCGGAUCAUCGAUGACCACCCUGCGUUCACUGUCCGGCAGCUGUUGGAUGUGCGGAAGCGGGGUCGGGGCUUUCAAUACCUGGUGGACUGGGAGGGGUACGGGCCAGAGGAACGUUCCUGGAUCACUCGCUCACUCAUCCUGGACCCUGAACUCAUUAAUGACUUUUACACCAGGCAUCCCGACAAGCCUGGUAGGCCGCCAGGAGGCAGCGGGUCUCUAGUCCAUAUCCAGUUGGUCCAGGCCCAUCCAAGCCUCUGUGAGAUUGGAUUGAACCAGGAGGAAAACCAGACCCUGAUCCAGGAGCAGCAGCAGCUGAUGGAGAAACUCAAGAAACAUGAGGGAGAAGUGCUGGCGGCGGUGAGCCAAAAGAUGGAUCAGAGGAGGAAGAGGAGGGAUGAAGGGAUGAUGGAGCGAAACAAGAAAAAUGAGGAGGAAGAGGGAGUUCACAAGGCCAUGGUGGAGUCUCUGAGCGAGGGGUGGUCGCUGCUCCUUCACCUGCUCGAGAAACGUCAGGAAGUCCUGAUACUGGCUUCAGACUUUUACCGCAGAGUGCUAGAGUUUUCUGUCAGUAUUGACAGAGUUGAGGAUCUACAGCUCAGACCAGAUGACGACAGACUGACUGAAAUUCAGCUCACGUAUGACUCCAUGAGGAGAGAUCUUCUGGGAAAAUCCCUGCAGGUUUUAACCAGCAGCAGCGUCCUGCUGCAGAAACUCAGACAGCUGCAGAGGACCGAGGCCCUCCAGAGGAGAGGCGGGGUACUGCAGGAUGAGGAGGACCAUGGAGAGGAAGAGGAGAGUUCCCAGUGCAGGUUGGGGGUGGCAUCGAGGCUGGAGGAGCUGGUGGAGACACUGCAGGAUAGAAGGAGGAGGGCGGACCAGGCUGUCAGGCUGCAGCUCCUGAGGGUGGAGAACAGCAUCAGAGAGCAAGAGUCCAGACCAGAAAGCUCUGAAAACUGGACUCUCACAGUUGACAAAAUCCUGGUCCAGAACCCGCAGUCUGAAUCCACAUCAGCAGAGAGCGCAGACCUGCUGUCAGAUUCCAGAAUAAAAGAAACGACAGACCGUCAGGCUGGAUUCAGAGCAGAUGUGAGGCCUGGAUCUCAAUCAGAGGAGACCACAAACUUUGAGACGGUAUCCAGGUCAGAUCUAAAGCCUGGAAUCAAAUUAGAUAGGAUUGAAUCUAGAUCAGAGCAAACCAGAGAUGUGGAGCUUGAAUUCAAGUUAGAAGAGACCAGAAACUCAAAGUCACGUUCCAGAUCAGUUCUGAAACCUGAAUCCAGAUCAGAGGAAAACAAAGACCUUCAACCUGAAUCCAAAGAUGAUGUUCAAGCUGGAUCUAGGUCAGAUCUGCAGCCUGGAUUCAGAUUAGAGCCAAGGCCUGUACCUAGACUAGAGGAAAUCAGGAACCUGCAGUCCAGAUUCAUCUUAAACCUGAAAGCUGGAUCCAGAUCAGACCUGAAGUCAGAUUCGAAAUUAGAGGAGACCAUAGACCAUCAGCCCGGAUCAAGGUCAAAGGAGACCAAAGAUCUACAGCAUGAAUUCACACCAAAUGUGAAGUCUGAGUCCAGAUCAGAGGAGACCAGAAACCUACAGCCAGGAUCCAGAUUAGAGCAGACCCCUGGAUCUAGAUUAGAGCAAAUCAGAGAUAUAGAGCCAGAGGAAACCAGAAACUUAGAGUCAGGAUCUAGAUCAAAUAUAAAGCCUGAAUCCAGAUCAGUUCCAAAGCUUAGAUCUAGAUCUGAGGAAAACAACAACUUGCAGUCUGAAUCCAAAUCAGAGAAGAUGGUGAAGCUCCAGUUAGGACCUGGGACAGAUCUGAAUCAUGGAUCCAACUCAGAAAGAGACAGAAACCUGCAGUCUGGAUGUAGAUCAGAUCUGCAGUCACAUUCCACCUCAGAGGACACCAGAAACACUGAGCCAGAAUCCAGAUCAGAUGCAAAGUCAAGAUCCAGAUUAGACCUGCAGCCUGAAUCCAGAUCAGAGAAGAACAUAGACUUGCAGUUUGAAUCCACAUUAGCAGAGAGCAAAGAUCUGCCAUCUGAAUCCAGAUCAGAUGAGACCAGAGACCAUCAGUCUGGUACCAUAUCAACUCUGAAGACUGAAUCCAGAUCAGAGGAGACCAUAGACCUGCAUCCCCAAUCGAGAUCAGAGGUGACCAGAGUCCUUCACUCUGGCAUCAUAUCUGUUCUGAAGCCUGGAUCCAGAUCAGAGGAGACUAGAAACCUGCAGCCUGGUUCCAGAUCAGAUGAACUGCUGGGAUCUGGAUCUGAUUUGGAGCCUGGAUCCAGAUCAGAGACUGAAGACAUCAGUUUGUCCAAAUUGAGCAGGAAACAAGAAAAAACCAAACAGCACAGACCUGCUACAACCAGCAGUGGGCAGGUGGCAGGACAGGAGAGCAUGCUGGGAAAGGAGAGUCAAAGUGGAGAAGACCACACCCAUCGAGUACCCCUGACCAGUCAGCAGCAGCAGCUGCUGUCGUCAUGUGAACACCUCAUGGACAAGGUGUGGACUUGGGUGCAGCAGGGCAGGAGUGUGUUGUCUAACAGCUCUGAAGCAGGACAGCAACUCUCUGAAGCCGAAGAUGCUCUGAACAAACACCUGCAGCUGCACACACAGGCUGAGUCUGCAGGUCACGAUGCAGAAAACUUGAAGCAGAUCGUGGAUCAGAUUCAAGCUCUGCACACAGAUCCAACUAGCAGAACCAGUCCCCGGCCUCCAAGUGAACCCAGCAGGCAGCUGUCCCCUCUGAAGGCCCUGACAGAGCAACUGAAGAGAGGCGGCACCGGAGGGCAGACCAGAACCAGCACUGCUCGGCCUGGUCCACCUGCUCCUGACUCAACCGGCUCACUGAGUCCUGAACUUGCUGGUCGAGUUGAUCUGGUCCUGAAGGAGCUGCAGAGUCUGAACAGGAAAAUUGAUUCAAACCUGCAGCUGCUGCAAACUUACGUCACUUUCCUCAGAACAGCACAGCAGGUGGAGGAGAGGAUGGAGGAACUGAGGGAGAUCUACAGGAGGCGGCCAGAAGAAGAGGAAGAGGAGGAGCAGGAGAAGCAGGAGGAGAGGGAAGCUGGUAGUAGUAACAUCAAGACUACCACCAGUUCUGUGUCACCACAGAAAAAGAAGCGAGUUGAGGCCUCCUGGCAGGAAACACUGCAGAGGAUCCUCACUGCUCAGGAGCUGGGAGACAACUAUGUCCACGCUGUCACCAUGGUGUUGGGAUCAGGGUUAAACCUGCAGUCUAUGGUAUCAGUGGUGCAGAGGACAAUUGAACAACUCAACAAAAGCAAACAGGAAGUGAAUGAGCUGCAGAAUCAUCAUCAAAUCCAGAGCCAGCAGCAGCAGGAGGACAUGAAGUUCUGCAGGAAAUACCAAGAGAGACUGCUCAAGACCCUGCAGGACUUGAACUGUGUUUCUGAGCUGCUGGACUCCUGCACUCUGUUGGAUCUGGGUUCAGAGCAGCAGACCUCCAAGUUGUUGGAGCACUUCAGCCAGGCCAGACCACAAUUUGCUCAACUAGACGCUGAGGUGGAGUACGUGAUGAAGAGCUGGGAGACUGUGAGAGGAGCCCAGAACCGACUGGAGGUGAAGGAGGUAAAGGGAGGAGCAGUCAAGGAGGAGGAUCUGUCAGAGCUGCUGAAGCUCCAGAGGAGAGUGAAGGACAAGAUCCAGCAGAGCGAGUCAAUCUUGGGACCUGACUAG